AUUUAUGUUUUAUCCAUUUAUGUAAUGUCAGUAAAAAUGACCGUGUUAGUUGCAUUCCUGUUUAUUUAAGAAUAAAAUUAAUUUACCGACUGCCCACUGGCCGGCAACUGCCCAUCUAGGCUUAGAAACGAUUGCGUCAUGUUAAGUUACCGUCUCUCACGCCUUUACCGUCAUGCCUCGUGCACGCGGUCGGCGCAUGACGUUUGUUUUUGCUUUUUUGACAAUUUGUUUUCGGCAGCCCGUGGUCUAAUUUCAGAUAGUGUCAGGACUUAGCAUAACGAGAAAUUGAUUGCGUCAUCUCGGUUGUCAUUUUCGUGAAUCCGUAUCUUGGUAUACGACAGUCGUGCACAGGCAAACAUAAAGCCAUAUCACGUAUUUUUUAAAUUGUUAGCAAUUUUUUUUUGUUAUUACAAAAAGGUCAGGAAACUAAAUCUCAAUUUAGGACAUUCGUCCAGAGACAGACAACGUUUAGCCACGCGUGUCUGGUUAAUGGUAUUUGUUAAAGUGUUUUGACAUUUGUUGUCGCAAAAAUGGCAGAAACUGUAUUAAUUUGCGUCAUUUUACUGCUGUCAUGAAAUGUUAUUGUGUUUUAGUGUGAACAGAUGAUUAAAAAGUACGUUUAUAGUUCAGAGAGUGCAAAUACGAACAGUUGAAAUAAUGACAGCAUCGGUGAUACCCACAGCGCAAAGUUCCAGCACCUUUCCAUUCUCGUGGUUGAUGUUGAAUAAAGCCGGCAAAGAGGGCGAGAACGGGAAAUGUUUUCAGUUUGACCGUUCAGCUGCCGCAACAAUUCUGUCUCGACUGCGAAGAACUUCAACCAAGAGUGAUACAAUCGGGAAACCUAAGUCUGUAUCGAAACGAACUGACCAACCAACCGACCCUCUUACUAAUUACGACGUAACUACCACAAAUUCUUCGUCACGCUUGGAAUUUGGUUUAGAAAACCAAUCGACGAACUGCAAUAAACCACAAGACGCACCCGAGGCGUACGCGCCGUUUAACGUUAUUGGGGGAACCACCUUAGCACGAGUAAACACCGAGCGUAGUUCUGGCAACAACGAACAUGUGGAAACAGAUCCGCAUGACCCUUGCGCCGGCCUUACGCAACUUAUACGUAAAAACAAGAGGCGUAAACGACAUACGUGUAAUCGCUGUGGCGCAGCGCUUGUUGAAGCUACUCAAAACAUACAUAAUGUAUUUACUUAUAGUCCCAAACAAGGGGACCUGAAAAAACGCACUCAAAGUUUAAAUGAAGAAGUGAAUCACACAGUUAUAUACCAGUGUAGUGGCUGUAGGAAACGCUACACACAAUACAGUCAAUUAAGGAGAGGGUGGCGUAAAUCUCCCAGAUCAUCCGGUGGUGUUAGGAGAUCCAUGACUUGGCCACUCCCAAUGCAACCUAUUGUAGAAGAAGAAUAUUGGGAAGCUGAAUGCUUUGAUAAUGAAAAUGAAUCAACACCUGAGCAAAGUGAAAAUGCUUCUUCGCCAACUGCUUCGAGUUCAAACCCAAACUUACCCAGUGUUAACAAGAACCCAAUGCGUAAGCAAAUAUCAAGGAAGGGAUCUAGCCGUAGUGUUGCAGCUACUAUGCCAGAACUGGUUAAGAUACUAGGGGGAAACAAUGUUAUUGAAAAGAUUCUCCUUGCAAAUAAUGAAUUCGCGCCUGUAAAUUGCAUGAGAUCAUUUCGAAGAUGGCCGUAUGAAUUGUUUAGGAAUGAGAAACCUAUUCAUUUUGUUGCCAUGGUUACACCCGAAGAUUUAAACGCGAAUGCUGAAUAUAUAAAGAUGGCUGACAGCUAUGUUCAUGUUCCUGGUGGUGCAAACAAUAAUAAUUAUGCGAAUGUGGAACUUAUUCUUGACUUGGCUCGAAGAACAGCUGUCCAGGCCGUAUGGGCUGGUUGGGGACAUGCCAGUGAAAAUCCAAAGUUGCCGGAAAUGUUAAGUAAAGCCAACAUUGCAUUUUUGGGACCGUCUGCUUCCGCUAUGUGGGCACUCGGUGACAAAAUAGCAUCUUCGAUCGUGGCACAAACAGCUGGUGUUCCUACACUACCAUGGAGUGGUUCAGGUUUAACUGUGGAUUAUACUUCGCAACCUAACCAAGCAAACAAUGAACAAGAAGAUACCACAGCUACAUUUACACCUAUUGUUGUCCCUGAUGAUAUUUAUAUGCAAGGCUGUGUUCAAGGGGUGGAGAAUGCUCUGCAGGCAGCACAGAGGAUUGGGUAUCCUGUGAUGAUCAAAGCUUCAGAAGGUGGGGGUGGGAAGGGAAUAAGGAAGGUCGCAAAUGCUGAAGAUUUCCCAGCUGCUCUUAGACAAGUUCAAUCAGAAGUCCCUGGUUCUCCAAUAUUCGUUAUGAAGCUUGCCACACAAUCUCGCCAUCUUGAAGUCCAAGUUCUUGCUGAUCAAUAUGGGAAUGCUAUUUCAUUGUUUGGAAGAGAUUGCUCCAUUCAAAGAAGACAUCAGAAGAUCAUUGAAGAAGCUCCAACCACUGUUACUAGUGAAGAAGUGUGGACAAGAAUGGAAAAGGAUGCAGUUGUUCUAGCUAAGAUGGUGGGUUAUGUAAGUGCAGGAACAGUGGAAUAUUUGUUCAGUGAUGAUGGAAGUUAUCACUUCCUUGAACUUAACCCAAGACUUCAGGUGGAGCACCCGUGCACAGAGAUGGUUGCCGACGUGAACCUUCCUGCCGCCCAACUACAGGUUGCCAUGGGGAUACCUCUCCAUCGUAUGAGGGACAUCCGUAUAUUAUAUGGGGAGGAUCCAUGGUCCACCAACCCUAUUGACUUCACACAGCCCCAACAUAAACCUGAACCUCAUGGUCACGUGAUCGCUGCCAGGAUCACUAGUGAGAAUCCUGAUGAAGGAUUUAAACCCAGCUCCGGUACCGUGCAGGAAUUAAACUUUCGAAGCAAUAAGAACGUGUGGGGUUACUUCAGUGUAGCUGCAGCAGGGGGUUUGCAUGAAUUUGCUGAUUCACAAUUUGGUCACUGCUUUGCAUGGGGAGAGAACAGGGAAUAUGCAAUUUCAAACAUGGUUAUGGCAUUAAAAGAACUUUCUAUUCGUGGGGACUUCCGCACCACAGUUGAAUAUCUUGGUAGAUUGUUGGAAGACCCUUGUUUUCAACAUAACCAGAUUGAUACAGCAUGGUUGGAUGCUUUGAUUGCUGAUAAAGUCAAGUCUGAACAACCAUGCACGACUGUUGGUUUGGUAUGUUGUGCUUUGCACAUUGCUGAUUCAAAAUACAAAGCAAGAUUUGACUUUUAUGUCAACUCACUAGAAAGAGGCCAAGUGCUCACAUCUACAAGUCUACACACAAGUGAGACAGUGGAGUUGAUAGCACAAGGUGUUAAAUAUGUACUCAAGGUCACCAAGACAUCGGAUAAUAGUUAUUACAUACAAUGUAAUGAUUGGAACAUGGAAGUUGAUGUAUAUAGUUUAAGUGAUGGAGGAUUGCUUCUGUCAUUGGAUGGUAUAAGUCGCACUACAUACAUGAAAGAAGAAGUUGACAGGUACCGUGUAACAAUCAACAACCAAACCUCGGUGUUUGAGAAAGAGAACGACCCUUCCAUACUGCGAGGCCCAUCAGCUGGCAAGUUGAUCAACUUUAUAGUUGAAGAUGGGGCUCAUGUGUUUGCUGGGCAAACUUAUGCUGAGAUAGAAGUUAUGAAGAUGGUUAUGUCACUUACUGCACCUGAGAGUGGGAACAUACAUUAUGUGAAGCGGGCAGGAGCGGUACUUGAACCUGGAUCCAUCAUAGCAAGACUAACUCCUGAUGAUCCUUCAUGCGUACGUCGAGCUGAAUUAUUCCAAGGUCAACUUCUCAACUUACAAGGUACUGAGGAACUUCCAAGUAAAGAGAAAUCGCACAAGAUUUACGAGGUAGCACACAAAAGACUUUCCUGCAUUAUGAAAGGUCUUUGUCAUCCGCAUGAAAUAUUUAUGGAAAAGAUGCACGAAGCAGUCCGGAUGUUGAUGAGUGCACUUAAAGAUCCAUCUCUGCCAUUAUUGGAGCUACAGGAGGUGAUGACCAACAUAUCAGGUCGAUUACCGGCCAAAGUUGAGAAAAGUAUUCGUCGUGAGAUGGCAAGUUAUGCGUCCAAUAUCACCUCUAUGAUGUCACAAUUCCCUGGUUCCCGUAUUCGACGCACAGUUGACGCAUUCGCUGCAACCCUCACAAAUAAAUCGGACCAAGAUGUUUUCUUUGUGAACACCCAGCCCAUAUUACAAGUAGUAAACAAAUAUCGCAACGGAAUUCGAGGUCACAUGAAAAACGUUGUUCUCGGACUUGUACUUGAUUAUCACCGGGUGGAGCUAGAGUUCCAACAUGGUUCGUUCGACAAAAGUGUGGUCGCAAUACGAGACAAGAGGAAAGAUAAUGUCCGAGCUGUAGUGGAAGACAUUUUAUCGCAUGCAAAUGUGGGGAACAAAAACUCACUCAUCAUUGAACUUAUUGGUUGUGUUUCUGGACGAGACCAUUCACUACCACCAGAUGUGGCGACAGUUCUGGAACAACUAGCAUUGUUGAGCAAACAAGAGAAUUCAAAAGUUGCUUUGAAAGCUCGCCAAGUGUUAAUUGCAGCCCAUCAACCCCCAUAUGAAUUAAGACAUAACCAGCUUGAGUCAAUAUUUCUGUCAUCCAUUGGUUCUUAUGGAACUGAGUUUUGUCCGGAGCAUUUAAAGAAGUUGAUUUUAUCGGAAACCACGAUAUUUGAUGUUUUACCCGAUUUCUUCUACCAUGCCAACCCUGUGGUUAGGAUGGCUGCUUUUGAGGUAUAUGUACGAAGAUCAUACAUUGCAUACGAGUUAAACAGUGUCCAACACCAUGAGAUUGGGGAGGGAAAUUGUAUUCUCGAGUUCCAGUUUAUGCUACCAACCACACAUCCUAAUCGGUUUCCGCAAAACCCAUCAUGUGCCAUCUUAUCAAAGGAGGAGAAAUCCAUGGAAAGCUUACACCAGCGUGAAUACCAGAUCCCAAGCACUUCCUCACUACCUAAAGUAGCAAGUGUGGGCGAGGGAUUGAAUGCAAUGGACCCAAGCACUUUACCUCCAUGCCAGAGGAUGGGAAUCAUGGCAGCUUUCAGUAACUUUGAUGCAUUUAAACUACACUUCUCAUCCAUCAUGAAAUGCUUCCACAACGCGAGCCCUCCUGAUUCGCCCAUCUUCUUCGAUCGUUCAAACUCGACCACGGCCAUGAUGUCAUCAUGCGUGGGAAGCUUUGGAUCCUCAGCCAGCCUCGUUACUUCGGUGAGCUCAAAAGAUGAGGACUCCACAUCCUUAUGCAGUGUCAGUGAUGAACCCAUUCAUAUAUUAAACGUUGCAAUCUCCACCAGCCAUAGAACGGAUGAUGACAUGCUAAAUAAUCAAUUCCAUGAAUUCGUGAAAGAACAUAAGGUUGAAUUGUUUGAAACUGGAUUACGAAGAAUUACGUUCCUUGUUCAUGAGAGGAAAGAAGUUCCAAAGUAUUUCACAUACCGUGCGCGUGAUUAUUUUGAUGAGGAUCGUAUUUAUCGUCACUUGGAGCCAGCUCUUGCGUUCCAGCUUGAGUUGAACCGGAUGCGCAACUUCCAUUUGAAAGCGAUCCCCACCAACAACCAUCGUCUCCAUCUUUAUCUCGGAUCAGCUAAGGUGGAGGAGGGAGCCGAAGUCAUGGAUCAUCGAUUCUUCGUCCGAGCGAUUAUCCGGCAUUCCGAUCUCGUUACAAAGGAAGCAUCAUUUGAAUUCUUACACAACGAGGCUGAGAGAUUAUUACUUGAAGCCAUGGAUGAAUUAGAAGUUGCUUUCUCAGCUUCAGAGAAUACAAGGAUAGAUUGUAAUCAUAUCUUCAUGAACUUUGUCCCGAAUGUAAUGAUUGACCCUGUGCGUGUUGAGGAAUCUAUAAGGUCGAUGGUUCUUCGAUAUGGGAGUCGAUUAUGGAAGUUAAGAGUUCUUCAAGCUGAAAUUAAAGUCAAUAUCAGAUUAAAGGACGAUGGCGAACCUCAACCUUUCCGAAUCUUCCUAACAAAAGAGUCAGGUUAUUACCUCGAUAUCAGCCUUUAUAAGGAAGUCACCAACCCUGUCACUGGACAAACAAUGUUCCAAGCAUACAACAUCAACAAGCCUGGCCCUCUACACUCCAUGCUUACAAGCACACCGUAUGUGACCAAGGAUUUACUGCAAGCCAAGAGGUUCAAGGCACAAGAGAUGGGGACGACUUAUGUUUAUGAUUUCCCGGAGAUGAUAAGACAAGCAUUGAAAGAUAUGUGGACGACACUUGAAAGUGAAGAUCCUGAUGUAAAAUCUCCAGAGAACCCAGUAUCAGCUGAUGAACUUGUAUUAGAUGGUCAAGGACAACUUGUGAACAUUAACAGACAACCUGGUGAAAAUGAGAUUGGUAUGGUGUCAUGGAGAUUAACAUUGUACACCCCUGAGUAUAAAGAUGGUAGACAAGUUAUCUGCAUUGCUAAUGACAUCACUUGUAAUAUUGGUUCGUUUGGACCGGAGGAAGAUCUUCUUUAUCAACGAGCAUCGGAACUUGCAAGGAUGGAGGGAAUCCCACGUAUCUACCUGUCAGCGAACAGUGGAGCAAGGAUCGGGUUGGCUGAGGAGGUUCGUCAUCUCUUCCGUGUUGCAUGGAAUGAUCCCGAGGAUGAACAGAAGGGAGUCAAGUAUCUUUAUCUUACUCCUCAUGAUUAUAAAAAGUUAAGUGCGAGUAACUCAGUGAUUGCGCAACACAUAGAAGAGGGCGGAGAAUCUAGGUAUAAGGUGUGUGAUGUCAUCGGGAAAGAUGAAGCGCUUGGAUCUCGAUGUCUCCGAUGGAGCGGAACCAUUGCUGGGGAAACAUCACGUGCAUAUGAUGAGAUUGUCACAAUAUCCCUGGUCACAUGUAGAGCAGUUGGUAUUGGAGCUUACUUGGUAAGGUUGGGUCAACGUGUUAUACAAGUAGAUAACUCAUACAUCAUACUUACUGGUCAUCAAGCAUUAAACAAGGUGCUGGGACGGGAGGUUUAUAACUCCAACAACCAGCUUGGUGGUAUACAGAUCAUGCAUAACAAUGGUGUAAGCCAUGCAACAGUAUCAUGGGAUUAUGAAGGGAUGGUGGUGAUGUUGAAGUGGUUGUCUUAUAUACCUUCAACACGAAACUCACCACUUCCUAUCAUCGUGCCUAAGGAUCCAAUCGACCGCGAAAUCUCGUUUAAACCGACCAGAACCAGUUAUGAUCCAAGAUGGAUGCUCGCUGGUUGUAACGAUGCAGACACUGACACUUGGCGAAGUGGAUUCUUUGAUCGAGGUUCAUUCGAUGAAAUACUUUCCGGUUGGGCAAACACGGUGAUCGUUGGUCGCGCUCGACUGGGUGGGGUACCGGUGGGCGUGGUUGCCGUGGAAACUAGGUCAAUAGCCGUCGAUGUACCGGCUGAUCCCGCUGAUAUUGAAAGUGAGGAGAAGACACUACAUAGAGCAGGACAGGUAUGGUAUCCUGACUCAGCUUUCAAAACAGCGCAAGCAAUUCUUGACUUUGAUCGUGAGGGGCUUCCUCUUAUUAUGUUUGCAAACUGGAGAGGAUUUUCUGGUGGAAUGAAAGAUAUGUAUGAUGAAGUAUUGAAGUUUGGUUCCUACAUAGUUGAUGCGUUACGUAAAUAUCAUCAACCAGUGAUCGUUUAUAUUCCACCUUAUGCUGAGUUAAGGGGCGGGGCGUGGGUGGUGGUCGAUCCAACUAUUAAUUCUACCCACAUGGAGUUAUAUGCUGAUGCUGAGGCCAGAGGUGGUGUACUGGAACCUGAAGCUACUGUGGAAAUUAAAUAUCGACGAAAAGAAAUUAUCAAAACAAUGAAAAGAUGUGAUCGACAGUUUGCUGCUUUAUCUCAGGAGCUUGAAAACCGAUCACUAACCGUGAAGGAAAAGAAAGAAAUUGAAGCAAAACUAAAAGAGCGAGAAUUAUACCUUGAACCAGUGUACCACCAGGUGGCAGUAAAGUUUGCUGACUUACACGACACACCUGGCGGAAUGUUGGCCAAGGGAUGUAUUUCGGGUAUCCUCGAAUGGAAGACCUCACGUACUUACUUAUACUGGAAGUUAAGACGACUUAUUCUACAAGAUGAUGUUAAAAGUCGAUGCCACGGCGCGAAUCGUGAUCUUACUAAUGCUCAGAUAGAUGUGAUGUUACGCAGAUGGUUUGUGGAGGAUCAAGGAACUGUAAAAGCACAUCUAUGGGAUGACAACAAAGCAGUUGUAGCUUGGUUGUCGGAACAAUUAUCUUCAUCUAAGGGGAGAAGUGAAGGAAGUUCAUUGUUGGAGGAAAAUAUUAAACUUCUUCAACGAGACUCAGUUUCCCACCAGAUUCGAAUCUUGUCACAAAACAGUCCAGAAGUUGCAAUGCACUCCGUGGUACAACUUGCCCACCAGAUGUCACCAGAGCAGCGACAGGAAGUUAUAAAAGUCUUAGAAUCGCUGGAGAGUUAAUACUAUGCAUACGUGGCAGAUGCCUAAAUACAAUGGGUUUGGUACGAAGCAAGUUUUCUAAUUACUUUUUGAUUUUCUCGUUUCGAACUAUUUCCUAUCAAUUACACAUGACCGAACAUGGGUCAUGUGACUUACCCACUGUGAUGUCAGAAGUGGCAUACAGCUGCGAUGACGACAUUAAUUCUUGUGCACUAAAUUUCAAGUGCGCUUUAAAUAACUAAGCCUUUUAAUAAUAUGCAAGUUGUUAGCAAUCUCAUCAAAAUAAAAGUUCGUAUUAGUCACUUACCACGUAACUAUCUAAUUAAAUGUGUUACACUUAUUCUAAUUUUAUUUUGUUGUGUAAGAAUAAAACUAUCAAAUCAUGA